GAGAGAAUCCUCUCUAGAGAAUAUAUCCUUAUCUAUUUUUACUCUCUUUUUUUGGUAGAUAUUUGUCGUUACCAAAAAACAUGGGCAGCAUAAACAACACUUCCUUUAGAUUAGAACAGUACCCGGUAAGAAUGCGCCACUAGUUUUGUUCUCCCACCCACCGUGUGCUGAUUCUUUCUGGUAAAAACAAAGUCAAGCAGAUUCGCACAACUAGCAUUAUUCUUCCCAUACACACAACUCAACUCUACAAACGCUUUCCGAUUUCAAUCUCCACCGUCCAUCUGUACUCACCAACGGUCCAAACCCAUCCUGACACGUCAGUAAAAUAUCUAAAUAUUGUUAAAAAAUUAAACAGAUCGCCGCAAAACUAAGCGAACGUUUUCUCAUUUUCCUCCUUUCUUACUCAUUCCACUCUCUUUCCUUUCUUCUUCUUUCUACUUCGCCGCGCACUCCAAAAUCAAAAAACAGAGAAGAAAAAAAAAAUAGUAACAGCGAAAUCGCGAAGAAAUGGCGUCAAGCGAAUCUACUACUCAGAUGAAGGUCGUCCAUGGCGACGCCGGUUACAUACUCGAAGACGUUCCUCAUCUCUCCGACUACGUUCCAAAUCUUCCUACGUAUCCGAAUCCGCUUCGAUCCAAUCCAGCUUAUUCGGUUGUUAAGCAGUAUUUCGUGCACAUGGAAGAUACCGUUCCUCAGAAGGUUGUUGUCCACAAGGAUGGUCCUAGAGGUGUUCAUUUUCGGCGUGCAGGACCUCGACAAAAGGUAUAUUUUAGAUCAGAUGAUGUUGUUGCGUGUAUUGUCACGUGUGGUGGUCUCUGCCCUGGCCUCAACACUGUCAUAAGGGAAAUUGUCUGUGGCCUUUCUUACAUGUACGGUGUCGACAAAGUCCUUGGCAUAGAUGGUGGUUAUAGAGGUUUUUAUUCAAAGAACACCAUUGAUUUAACUCCUAAAGUGGUGAAUGACAUCCAUAAGCGCGGAGGAACAAUUCUUGGGACAUCCCGAGGUGGGCAUGAUACUAGCAAGAUAGUUGACAGCAUCCAGGAUCGGGGAAUUAAUCAGGUUUAUAUUAUUGGAGGGGAUGGAACACAACGAGGAGCGGCUGUGAUUUACGAGGAAGUUAGACGGCGUGGUCUGAAAGUAUCAAUUGCUGGAAUUCCUAAAACCAUAGAUAAUGACAUCCCGGUUAUUGACAGGUCCUUUGGUUUUGAUACUGCGGUUGAGGAGGCUCAACGUGCCAUUAAUGCAGCACAUGUUGAAGCUGAAAGUGUUGAGAAUGGCAUUGGUGUUGUAAAGCUAAUGGGUCGAUACAGUGGUUUUAUUGCGAUGUAUGCUACUCUUGCUAGCAGAGAUGUGGACUGUUGCUUGAUUCCAGAGUCACCUUUCCACCUUGAAGGAAAGGGAGGACUUUUUGAAUUUACUAAGAAAAGGCUGAAAGAAAAUGGACAUAUGGUCAUAGUCAUAGCUGAGGGGGCAGGGCAAGAUCUUCUUACAGAAAGCAUGCAAGACGUGGACCAGAAGGAUGCUUCCGGAAACAAGCUACUUCAAGAUGUUGGUUUAUGGAUAUCUCAUAAGAUCAAGGAUCAUUUUGCAAAGGAGAAUAAGAUGGCCAUUGUUCUUAAAUAUAUAGAUCCAACUUACAUGAUCCGGGCAAUUCCAAGCAAUGCAUCGGACAGUGUUUACUGCACACUUCUUGCUCAAAGUGCAGUUCACGGUGCAAUGGCAGGAUAUACUGGAUUCACGGCUGGACUUGUCAAUGGCAGGCAUACUUAUAUUCCAUUGAAUAGAAUCACUGAGAGGAUGAACAAGGUUGUGAUUACUGACAGAAUGUGGGCAAGGCUGCUUUCUUCAACGACCCAGCCAAGCUUUUUGAAACCCAAAGAUGUUCAUGAAGUCAAGAAAGCAGAACAACCUCCGGCUCAGUUGUUAGAAGGGGGCAAUUGCAAUGGUGGUGCUGAGGAAGCGAAGAAAGUAGAACAAAUUCCCACACAGUUGUUAGAAUCCAAGAUAAACUAAAAUCAGGAAAUCACAUCGACGGUGACAGUUGUAUCAAGAAAUAAGAUUAGAUAAGGGCUUGUUCAUCCAAAAUUGUAUUUGGUGUUGAAUUUCUGUAGUUAUAAAGUUUUGCUGGAAUGAUUCGACCUGAUUAAGAAAUUUGGGGGUGCAAUCUAGUUAAGUACUGAAUUUAUAUAAUGGAGUUUCAUAGGAAUAACUGAAUUAAGCUA